AACAAAAAAAAAAAGAGUAAAAAAUGAUACCCGCAGCCAGACGAUCGAGUUUGCCUCUGCCGUCCAUCGCGGCCCGUCGCCCUACCAAUGUCCCUUCUUCCGUUCCCCCCACAGGCAACGAUCCGAUCCAUCUCCGACAUUGCUCCUUACAUUGCAAUUUUAUCCAACAUCCAAUCCCGCUUCAUCCCUGCAUGUACGAUAAACGAUACAGACUCUGGAUAUGGCGACGGGGAACCGGUAGAUGACGGCCGUAUCGAGCAUCAGAUUGCUGUGGAAGGUAUCAAAAAGUGGCUAUUCAGGCGGAUGGAGGAGUUGGAGACACUGCAUGUGGAAAAAGAGGAAGAAAGUAAAUGCAUUGUUGAGGCGCUCGAGCGGACAGCAGGGGUAUUGGAAGAGUGGUUGAAUGACAAGCCGUCGGAUGACGUUUCGCCGUGCGAGUCAGAUAUAGAAUCAUGGUCAUUUACUCAUGCCACCUUGAAACUGUCUGAACCAAGCGCAAGCCGAACAGGUUCAGACGUCGAGAUCGGGACCCAAAUAUGGAAUGCUGGCCUUGUCCUGUCUCGUCUGAUUGACGCAUCUCACUUGUUUCCGCCCUAUCCUACCAACAUCCUUGAGCUUGGCUGCGGGACGGGGUUGACCUCGAUUCUAGCCGCCAUGGUUUUACCACCUACUACCCACAUUACUGCGACAGAUUUUCAUCCGAUUAUCCUUGAAACAGCACUUAAAAAUGCUCGUCUCAACAACGUCGAAGAGCGUGUCUCCUUUCAAGUAUUAGACUGGAACAACCCACCUACCCACAGUCAAUUCAUCAGCACGGUUCUUGCCGCGGAUGUUAUCUAUGCCCCAGAGCACGCUCGCAUUCUUCCCAAAGUGAUACACACCAUUUUUGUCAACUCUCUUUCAGCGGAACCCAAACAGGCGGUCAUUGUCAACCGAAUUAGACCGCAGUUUUUUUCUGCGAUAAGUGAUUUCGAAAAGAAUAUGGAGGCGUUUGGAUUCGUGGGCACUUGGGUUUGGGCUGAUGAGCUUUUGGACAAGGUUGAAAAGCAGAGGUAUAGGGUGUACAGGUUUGCAUGGAAAGAUGCAAGCGAACUACCGUCGCGCUGAGCUCUUCGUUACAAUCUUGGAUACCUUUAAUGCUUUGUGAAUUUGGAUAUAUAUAUAUAUGUUAGAUUGGACAUUAGUCUCUUUAAACAAUUGAUAGAAAAGAUGAUAUCUUUAACCAGGAAUAUUAAAAACCAGUCUAUUUGAUUGCGCUCUAG